UCAGUUACUCGUGGCCAGAGUAAAUGGAAAGAUCAAGUGAAAAGCCUACUUUCAGUGGUCUGAAAACCGAGUUGAUGUUUGACAAAAAACUGUGGAAGAACAUAUGAACAUAUCGAGUCUUUAGCAGUCGAACAAUAAUUGUGAUAAUUACCCAAUUGUGAUAAGCGAAUUAAGCAAAGUGCCAAAAAAGAACAACAAAAUCUAACAAACUAAUUCCAAAGUAUUUUGUUGAGAGAAAUACAUAAAAUACAAAGCAAGCAAUAUGCCUGAGCUCAUUGAACAAAGCAAAAUUAUUUCCGGCAAUGUGUGCGGCCUGCCCCAGUUGCACAAGCUGCGCCAGGACAACUGCGGUCUGUACAGCCACAUCCGCGGCAUCCCCAUCUCCUAUGGAAAUGUGGACUCGCUGACCGCCGGAGUGCGCAGCUUCGUGGAGGAGGGCAUCGCCCUGUGCCAACCCGACCAGGUGCACAUCUGCGAUGGCAGCGAGCAGGAGAACAAGAUGCUCAUCAAGAGCCUUCUGGAGGCGGGCACCAUUGUGCCGCUGCCCAAGUACGAGAACUGCUGGCUGGCCCGCACCAAUCCGGCGGAUGUGGCCCGCGUGGAGUCGCGCACCUUCAUCUGCACGGACCGUAAAGAGGAGACCAUUCCCACGCCCCUGGAGGGCGUCAAGGGCGCCCUGGGCAACUGGAUCUCGCCCAGCGACAUGGAAGCCGCCGUCCAGCAGCGCUUCCCCGGCUGCAUGAAGGGCCGCACCAUGUACGUGGUGCCCUUCAGCAUGGGACCCGUGGGCUCGCCGCUCUCCAAGAUCGGCAUCGAGCUGACCGACUCCGCCUACGUGGUGGCCUCCAUGCGGAUCAUGACCCGCAUGGGAGCCGCUGUCCUGCGCCAGCUGGCCAAGAAGGAGGAGUUCGUCCGCGCCCUGCACUCCGUGGGCGCCCCGGCCAACGGGCAGGUGGAGCAGCCAUCCUGGCCCUGCGAUCCCGAGCGCACCAUCAUCCUGCACAAGCCCGCCGAGAAUUUGAUCGUGUCCUAUGGCUCUGGCUACGGUGGCAACUCGCUGCUGGGCAAGAAGUGCUUCGCCCUGAGGAUUGGCAGCACCAUUGCCAAGCGCGAGGGCUGGCUGGCCGAGCACAUGCUGAUCCUGGGAAUCACCGAUCCCAAGGGCGAGAAGAAGUACAUCACCGCCGCCUUCCCGUCGGCCUGUGGCAAGACCAACCUGGCCAUGCUCAACCCCUCGCUGGCCAACUACAAGGUGGAGUGCGUGGGCGAUGACAUCGCCUGGAUGAAGUUCGACUCCCAGGGAGUGCUGCGUGCCAUCAACCCGGAGAAUGGGUUCUUUGGCGUGGCUCCUGGCACCUCGAUGGAGACCAACCCCAUUGCCAUGAACACGGUGUUCAAGAACACCAUCUUCACGAACGUGGCUUCCACCUCGGAUGGCGGAGUCUUCUGGGAGGGCAUGGAGAGCAGUCUGGCGGAGAAUGUCCAGAUCACCGACUGGCUGGGCAAGCCCUGGACCAAGGAGUCCGGCAAGCCGGCCGCUCAUCCCAACUCCCGCUUCUGCACCCCGGCCGCCCAGUGCCCCAUCAUCGAUGGCGAGUGGGAGGAUCCGGCGGGAGUGCCCAUCUCCGCCAUGCUCUUCGGGGGACGUCGUCCGGCUGGAGUGCCCCUGAUCUACGAGGCCAGGGACUGGACCCAUGGAGUCUUCAUUGGCGCCGCCAUGAGGAGCGAGGCCACCGCCGCCGCCGAGCACGUGGGCAAGGUGAUCAUGCACGAUCCCUUCGCCAUGCGGCCCUUCUUCGGCUACAACUUUGGCGACUACGUGGCCCACUGGCUGAGCAUGGAGAAGCGCGGCAAGGUGCCCAAGAUCUUCCACGUCAAUUGGUUCCGCAAGAGCGCCAAGGGCAAGUUCAUGUGGCCCGGAUACGGCGAGAACUCCCGGGUGCUCGAGUGGAUCCUGCGCCGCGUGAACGGAGAGUCCUGCUUCGUGGACUCGGCCAUCGGUCGCAUUCCCGCCGAGGGAGCCCUCAACCUGGAAGGCAUGAAGGAUCAGGUGGAUGUGGACGAGAUCUUCUCGCUGCCCAAGGAGUUCUGGACGCAGGAGGUCAAGGAGAUCCGCACCUACUUCGAGUCGCAGGUGGGCGCCGAUCUGCCAGAAAGCAUUUACCAGCAGCUGGACGAGCUGUCGGCCCGCGUUGCCAGCCUUUAAGAAGGAUUUAUGAGGAGAAACCAUCCAUCCAUACGGAAACAUCUUUACCCGCCCCACACACCUGCUCACCAUCCGUACUAUCCCUCAUACUCACCCCCUAUAUGAUAUGCUAUCCUGUCCUAUCCUGUACCCCAAUACCUUAUGUAGUCGUUUCUCUAGUUUUUAAGCCGAAGACUUCCAAACUAUUUAUUAUGUAAGCAGCCUAAGUUUAGUCAGUAAGCAAACAAACAGAAAACCUGAAAAAAAUAAAACAAGACGAUUUUAUAACCUA